AUGGAUGUGGAAGGAAGAACAAGCAAUGCCAAUGAUAACUCUCUCACUCUCAAUCCCGAACAAGGUCAAGAAAAGGAUAUCCCAAAUGAUAGUUAUGACCUGUCUACUGCCCAUACUAUUGACAGAGAUUCAUGGCAACAAGUGGGGUUGAUGUUGGUGACAGGCUUCAACUGCGGUUGGAUAUUCAGUUUCUCGAACCUGAUUAUGGUUCCACUUGGUUGGACUUGGGGUGUUAUAUUGCUCUUUGUUGUUGGAUUAUACACAGCUUAUGCUAAUUGGCUAUUGGCAGCGUUUCAUUUCAUUGAUGGACGUAGAUUCAUCAGAUACAGAGAUCUCAUGGGAUUUGUUUAUGGAAAGAAGAUGUAUCACAUCACAUGGAUUUCUCAGUUUUUGACCCUUCUUCUUGAAAACAUGGGUUUCAUUCUCCUUGGAGGCAAAGCACUUAAGGAAAUAAACUCAGAAUUCAGUGAUUCUCCCUUAAGACUUCAAUACUACAUAGCAAUCACAGGAGCAGCAUAUCUCAUAUUUUCCUUCUCCAUUCCAACAUUAUCUUCGAUGAGAAACUGGCUCGGAGCUUCUGCAGUCGUCACCCUCGCUUACAUAGUAUUUCUUCUCAUUGUUGUUGUCAAAGAUGGUAAAUCAAAUACAAACAAAGACUUUAACAUCACCGGAAGUAAAGUGAACAAGGUGUUCAAUAGUUUUGGUGCUAUUUCCGCCAUCAUUGUUACCAACACCAGUGGCAUGCUUCCUGAAAUACAGUCAACUUUACGUAAACCAGCAGUGAAGAACAUGAGAAAAGCGUUGUACUCACAAUUUACAGUGGGAAUCUUGUUCUAUUAUGGUGUUACUAUAAUGGGAUAUUGGGCUUAUGGAUCAAUGGUAUCUUCAUAUCUUCCUGAAAAUUUAAGUGGACCAAGAUGGAUCAAUGUCAUUGUUAAUAUCAUUGUUUUUCUUCAAUCCAUAGUUUCUCAACAUAUGUUUGUGGCACCAAUUCAUGAGGCAUUGGACACUAGAUUUCUCGAAAUCGGCAAGGGUAUGCAUUCAGGAAAGAAUUUUAAACGGUUGUUUCUACUACGCAUCUGCUUCUAUACCGGAAACACAUUCGUCGCUGCUGCAUUUCCUUUUAUGGGUGACUUUGUAAAUUUGCUUGGCUCAUUUUCACUUGUUCCUCUCACUUUCAUGUUCCCAAGCAUGCUCUUUCUUAAGAUAAAGGGAAAGGGAGCUAGAAUUGAGAAGAAGGCAUGGCAUUGGAUCAACAUUAUAAUUUCAUUUCUACUUACAAUAGCAACAACUAUUUCAGCUCUUCGCUUCAUAAUCAACAACAUCCAAAAGUAUCAGUUCUUUGCUGAUGCAUGA